CAUCACAUUGUGCUUCCUCUCUGCAAAGUCAUGUACAAGUCUAACCAUGUAAGCAUUGUUGGGCCUCUCCUACUGGUUUUGCUAACUCUACAACAUGGUUUCGGUCAAGAGUGCUCUCCUCCAACCACAAUAGAUGGUACUCUUAAUAAGCUCAUAUGUGACCAGCCGGUCUUUUACACAAUCUUACCGAAGACAGAAGAGAGUGUUUUACUAGAUAAUGUGUGUCUGACUUACUUCCCACUCCCAGACGACCCCAAUACUGCAAUGCUGUAUAUAUCAUCCGUAUAUUGCGACGGUUCGAAUUCCAUUCAAUCCACCAUCAUCAGUUCAAUUGGAAGAGGAUCAUUCCGUUCUGCGAAUCCAAUGAGCACAAUGAGCUAUUACGUGUUUGGAUAUGCUGGAUGUGACACAUUCCUCGGAUAUGUGUGUUCUGAUUAUGGAGCCUCCUCACCUCCAUACGUUGUAGGGGCGUCCAGCUCAUGCAGGCCCAUCGGGCUCUCCUGCCUACGCAAAGUGGAAGAAAUCAUCAGCAAUGCUGGGGUGGCUGAGCAAGACAUGUACAUCCUCCCCAUGAAGUUGCCAAACCGCUGUGUCACUCAGCAAGCCUGCAUCCUCCCUCCCAACCCCUUCUACAGCAGCCUGGGACCAUCUGUGGGACUGUAUUGACCAUGGCCACAGAGAAAACGGAAUACUGUAUUACCUUUGACUAUUAAUACAACAUAGUACUUAUAGACUUUAUUU